CAAAGCUCUCAGUGCUGAUGUCGUCAUCGUGUCACAACCUCUCCACUUCUCUCUCUCUCUCUCUCUCUUCCCCUGCUAUUUAUACAAGGGGCGCACUGUCGGCGCUCUGCAUUCCUCCAACUUCACGUUCUUUACCUCUUCUUCUCCUACCUCACACACCCACUGCAAAACCUAAACUUUCAACCUGAAAAAAGGACAAAAAACGCGAGAGAUAUGAGAAUCCUCGUGGACACAACAUACGCCGUCACACCCCCAUCGGCGGCGACGGUCUCGACCCCGCCUGCAGGGCCGACGGCGUCUCAGCGGUCGCCGUGGCACUCUCCUGUGCCGUACCUGUUCGGAGGCCUGGCGGCUAUGCUGGGGCUCAUAGGGUUCGCUCUCUUGAUCCUGGCCUGUUCCUACUGGAAGCUCUCCGGCAGCUCGAGCAACCCCCGUGGAGACGAAGAGAACGGGGGCGAAGCAAAGACGGUCGACGGAGAAGGGUGCAACAAGGCCGUGACGGUGUACGAAGAGAAGAUAGUGGUGAUAAUGGCCGGGGACGAGCAGCCGACUUUCCUCGCCACGCCUGUGGGCAGCAGAGGCCCUUCUUUUGGCGAUUCCCUAGGCAAAAGCAAUGGCGACGAUGGCGAGAGCUUCGAUGCGAAGAAGGAGGAGAAGGAUGAGAAUUUCGACAAGACCAAGGAGCCUAAUAACGUUAACGAUGAUGACGUUGGAGGUCACGUUGUUCCUGGUCUUCAUUCAGCAGCUGCUGAAGAAAACAGAGCAGCCGCAGAAGAUCAAACCCAGCAACAGAAUUAGCGAGCAGUCUCUGAUUGCUUCCGAGGAGAGCGAGAAAAACGAAGUUUUGUUUCGAUUUUGGCUUUGAAGUUUCUUCCUUUUUCCCCCACUCUUUUUUUUUAUGUCUUGGCUAAUCGGGAAAUGUAUAUCUUUUUUGGAGAGGAAUUGAGAUGAGAACGGGUUCUCUUCAUCCCCA